AACAGUCAUCACCCAACGGUUGCCUUAAAUCCUUAGGUAAACAGACCACCGAGCAAUGUGGUAUAAAACAAAUACCGACUGUUGUUACAAAGAAUAACAUCGACCUUGGCGACGAAAAACACUGCCACUUUACACGGGUCAGUUGGGUCAGGGUUUUUCAAAACAGGCUGAUCUGAACACAAAUGUGCCGGUCGUUACAGAGAUCUACCGUCUCUGGAUCAUGUAUACAACGGGUGACCAUCUAUUUGCUUUGCAAACCCCUCUCUGGAGUUUACUAAACACUUUGGAAAGAAUGGACCAACAUAAGUCAAUGAAUAAUGAUACAGUCAAAGAAAAUGCCCGAUUUAGACCCCGUCCCUUUUCAAAACCAUUAUGACGUUGCCUGGGAGAGGCGGUGCGUUAACUUUGUUAGCUUACUCCAAAACUAACGAUUAGUUAAUGUACGCCACUCAAAAGAGCCAUUCUUCCGUGGUUUUCUCAGAAGGAUUUGUUACCAAGGAGCGACUGGCGUUCUAGAAGUUGUUGUGGUGGUGGCACCUGUGCGUUUCUCAGGACUGUGGACCUUGCCUUCUAUUACGGAGAAGAAAAAAAACAUGGCUACGACAACGUCCGAAUCGGAGGCUGAAAUAUUCGUACCUUCUCACAGCGAGGUUGGAACAGAAUACGAUAAGGACGCCCCGGAACCACCGCCAACCAUCGACAAGGGGGAAGCAAAAGUCGGCACAAUGGUCACAAAUGAGAAUCGUAAGAUGGUCCUUAAGUCCUCCGACCUGUCUAUUCCCGAAGUUGUUCGCGCCAGUUAUGCGGCAAGUUUCGGACCCACAGCGACAGCGUCGCAGGGGGCGGACCUCAUGAACGCGGCGUCGGUUUCCAAGUCCGCGAACGUCGAAGCCGACGUCAUCAAAGCCACGCGAGAAUCUCCUCCGGGAUUCGCCACAAAUCUUGAGGACAUCGCGUCGUCCCUUGAGAUUCCGCAAGCGAUCCCGCUGAGAGUGGGUCUCGAGGGAGACCCGGGGAUUGGGAAGACGCUGUUCUGUCAGAGAAUGGCUCUGCGUUGGACGCUGGGGAUGCUGGACAACUACGACCUGGUCUUAAUGGUGGACGUGUCGAGCGUGACGACAUCUCUCUGCGACUACCUCUACGGAGAGCACUUCGGGUCGGACUCGUUCACCACGCCGGAAGCGUUCUGGGACUACGUCGCUAACCACCAGGAGAGAGUGCUGUUACUCGUAGACGGAUUGGAGAUCCUCACGCAGAAGCAGCUACACAACCUCGGCUUCUACGACAUCUUUGUCGGGGGUGCCUUGGAGCGGUCACACGUCGUCAUCACUGCGAGAAGCGGUCUGCGCACGACAACGCUCAUGAAAGUCUGCGACUUCGUCUACAUCCUACAGGGCCCUACCACUGUGGCUAAAGUGGACUACGUCCGGUCGUACUUUGUAGAGAAGACGUCUUUAGCCGAGCGUCUUGUCGCGGAGAUUGAGACGAACCCGCAGCUCCUGGAGCUCGCCAGUAACCCCUCCUGUCUCGCCUUGCUGUGCCACCUCCAGGUCGGGCAGGACUCUCGGCCGUUCCGACUGCCCACGACGGUUACCGAACUCUACACCGAGGUGUUCCAACGGCUUCUCCUGUCGCCAUGUUCGACGAAACCGUACAUCCUAGAGGGUGAGAGAAUGUGGAAGGACAUCCACCUCAGACUGAUGGCGCUAGGGCAGAUCGCUUGGGAGGAGCUAAAGUGCAACAGGACGACGUUUUCUGUUCAUAACUUGAGAGACACGUACAAAGUUUUGGAUAGACUACUGCCUUUGGGGGUGCUAAAAAUAGAGCAGCAAUACGAAAGGGGAGUCCACAAUGAAUUGAUGCUAUCACAGAAGUGUUCUUUCAUUAACCGGACAUGGCAGGAGUAUUUUGCUGCGUUUUACGUAGGAGAGAAGGCAAAAAGUCAGCCAAAUUCAAGGCAAACCACGCAAUACCUCCAGGCUUGCCUAGAACGAGACAACUCGCUGGUGUGCCUGUUCACAGCCGGCCACAUGAAGUCCAAGGCCAGUCCUCUGAUCAGGACCAUCGAGAGGGAGAUCAAGUUCUACCGGAAGGAAAUCGAACGUGUGCCGAAGUCUCGCGAAGCUGAACUUCGGCUCACCGAUCUUCUCCGAAUGGGGCUCGAGUGCCUGCAGGAGUGCCGAGCGCAGACGAACUUUGUGCACAUCUUGGCGCAGUUCUUCACGGAGAAGCUGCACAUCACAGAGAAGUGCACGGCCGCUUCUCUGUACAGCAUCGCUGACGUGCUGAAGUUUCAAGGGGCACAGAAGUAUCAAAAGGACCAAGUCUUCGUAAAUACACUUCAGAUCAGCGUGGCGGGACGCCUGACCGCGCGGCUGCCGAUGUUCUUCGACGCGCUCGACCGAGACCUCCGGAUCCGGAGCCUGGUGUUCGAGGACAACCUGAACCUGAGCUCUGCGCGUUCCUGCGGCGGCUCCAUCAGCAUGGACUGUCGCAGCCUCCGGCGCUUCCUCCAGCGGCACAGGUCCAUCGACGAGGUCUCGUGUAACAUCGACAACAUCACCAUCUCCCGCCCGGCCUUCGGGGCUAUCAUAGACGCCAUGACGGCCAGCCGGUCCCUCUGCUGUGCGAACUUCAAGAUCCUGUACGACUACGACUCCAAGUUCGCGGAGGAGUUCUGCUCACUGCCAUUCGAGGCCCUGGCGGUCUCCUCCUUACAGGAGUUCACGUUAGAACUGGAGGAGUCCUGUUUCAGCCAGCUGGAGAACGAGAGCACGGCGGAGAAUAGACUCAGUCUCAUGUCUCCCGUUGUGCGCAUGCUCCAGACUUCUCCUCAGAUGAGGAAAAUGUCCAUCACCAUCGAGGACACAGAAGUGCACAGCGAGAAGCCUGCGACCCGAGCCUACACGCUACAGGUGAUCCCGCUACUGCAGGCCGUGGCAGGGGAGAGGACGCUGCAGGAGUUCAGCCUGCAGGUGCCCCGGGCAGACAUCCUCAUCCUGACGGGCACGCGGGACCUCGUCACAAGGAACGUUGUACUCAAGAAAUUUCAUCUAACCGCGUCAGAGACCAGCACACCAAGAGAAACCACAGCGGUUUCAGAGAUCCUCCAAGCCCUGACCAACAACCGCUCCCUGCAGUGCUUCUCUCUCCAGCUAGAGGACGUUCCUCCCUCCUGCAAUCCCAACGAACUCCUGCGUGACGUCAUCGAAGUGUUGAAGACGAACCCGACCCUCCGAACUUUCAGUUUCGUGAUUCACAAGCGCCCCCUAGGUGACUGCCUAAACAUGGAGUGCCCGAGCUGUGGUGAGCAGGUUUUAGCCAAGCAGAAGUUCUGUCAUGAGUGUGGGACAGGACUGGAGAAGAGACAGAAGUUCCAGGACUCUGGUGAGUUCCAGGGUGCUGGGGAUGGAGGAAGGGUCAGUUCCACACCUGGCACAGAGCCUGUGGUACCAGCAGCAAAACAGCCAAAUGACGGCAAAGAAGGAUCACCACAGCCUGGUGACAGAAACGUGCACGUUUCCGGCCUGUCAACGGACCACAACGCAAACAUGGAAAUCCACACCCUGCCCACAAGUGACAAGAGCAUCAAACCCUUAGAAGCUGAACCCAUGGAAACCGACAACGUGAAAGAUGAGAUGGGUGCUUCAAAGGAUGUUGGCUCAUCAGAGGCUUUGAAGGAUGGGAUACCCCAAGAGACAGAGGGAAGCGCAAGUAGCAAAGGAGGGGAGAGAUCAUUGCCUGAUGAUAAACGCCCGGUUUCUCCUACUGUCCUGGCAGACACUCUGCAGAAGUCUGUCCAGUUGCACACUCCUACAGAAGAAACAAGUGCAGGUGUACUGGGGUUUGAGGAAGUAGAUGUCAGCAGCCUUGUCAAGGAAGGUAGUGGACAUAUAGAGGCAGGCCAGGGGGAUACAGAAAGUAGAAACUUACUAGCUAGCUGUCCUCCCAAGCCAGCAGAUGAUGCCAUGCAAACUAGUGCAGGUGUACAGGGGUUUGAGAAAGGAGAUGUCAGCAGCCUUGUCAAGGAAGGUAGUGGACAUAUAGAGGCAGGCCAGGGGGAUACAGAAAGCAGAAACCUUCAGGCUAGCUGUCCACCCAAGCCAGCAGAUGAUACCACAGGAACUAGUACAAGUGUACAGGGGUUUGAGAAAGGAGAUGCUAGCAGUGUUGACAAGGGAGGAGCUAAGAGUAACAAACAAAAGAGGAACAAACCAAAGAGUGAUCUUAAAGCUAGUCAUCAACUCAAGCCAACACAUGCUACAACAGAAGACGAGCAAGCCUCAAAGACUGCAACAAACAAGUCUGACAAAGACGAAGGACCACCGAAGAGUGGUGAGAAACCAGGCAAGAAAAAAGUUCAACCUGAUUCGACAGAAGAAAAACAGUCCCAGACACCAGACCAGCCCAAACCAACUGUUAAACCCAAGACUAAAGCUUUUGAACAAGAAAUCAUUCACCACCCUCCCAAGGAUGGACACCACUUAGAGGCUAACAAAGAAGAGACAGCCAGUGGAGAAGAGCAAGAUACAGGGGAGGAGGAGACUCCAGUGCAAGAGGAGGGUGAUCAGCAGGGUGAUGAAGACCUACAGGACAUGCCUUUUGCUGAUACAAGCAUGGAAGACUCUUUCGUGUUGGUGGGGGAUGAAAAAGAUGAGAAAAACAGACACGAUGGCCCUUCUGAACCUGCUAAUAAUGAGGAUACUGGCGGAUGGCAAACUGUAAAAUCCAGAAAACAAAAGAAGCAGGAUCACAAAAACAGGAAACAACCAGAUAACAAGGCAAAGAAAGAGCAGGAAAACCAAUCACAUCACACUUCCUCACCCAGCAAGAUUGUACACCAGCCUCACUUGGCCAGUCAGUAUGAAGGAGGAUCAACGAUGACCCUGCACUUCCACGUCCUCGUCUCUCCUGACUUCAAAAUGAAGCCGGACGUGGAGAGGGUUCAUGUCAGGAGUGACAUAGUUGACUGGAAGAGCCUUGCUGUCCUUGAAAUUACACGGCACCUGAAAGAUGGCUUCCUGGUAGCAGAAGGCAAAUGCAGCAUUAAUCUUAAGAGAGUAAACAACAGAUUCGUGUCGUUCAAGUAUGCUGUGGUGAAAGAAAAUGGAGAUGUGAAAUGGGAGUUCAUUCACUAUAGCAUGGGGGGAGGAGUGAUUGUCAACAGAUGCUUCAAGCUUUUACCUGAACAGUGCCAAGCAGGAGGUGACGUGCACCUGUACAAUGAUGCCAUGCAAGUGGAGCUCGGACGUCUUGACAAAUUUAAGUCUUUGAUUGGAUGGACUAGUGUCGAGGAGAAAGUGGCCCACGAUCGUCGGAUUGCUGUCCAAGCCUGGUUACCACAAUGGAAAGGCUUCACAUGUGAUCAACAGGGUGAAGAGCUACUGGCAUGUGAUGUCAUGAAGCAGGUUCAGGCUGUCUGUCAUUGGGUGGGGACCAGCCCAGUUUCUGAUGGUUAUUACAAUAGGAAGAGAUGGGAACUUAGGGAGUUUUCCAUCUCAAAGGUACUGAUGGAGUACAUUGGUCCAAAGCUGGACCAGUUGGCAAAGACAAAGGAACAGAAGAUCGAGAGCCCAGAGGCAGCCCAGGCACGGAUCGUGUCUGCCCUCUCCAUCUGUUGGCUGGUAGACAGGUACAGUCUUCAACUCAGCGAGAAGCAGGCACAUGCCCUGUUCGAGGGGCUCCUCAUCAGGCCUGAUGCCAAGGACAAAAGUUGCCGCGAAGUUGAGGCAUUUUCUCUUCACUUCUGCCAGGAUGGAAGGCUGAAGGAGGUCACAAAUGCUGUUGUUAGCAUCAUGAACACCGCUAUGACAGGAGAUGCAUUGAUGCUGAAGUCAAGAUGGCUGCUGGCACUACCUGUCCUCCACUUCUUGCGGAAUGAGUCAUCACCUUUCAAACCAACGGCACCCACAACAGACUUUCAGAAAACAUCACAGAAAUGGUGGGGUCUAGAAGGACUCAAGUAUGGACAAUUCAGAAAGGACAUCAAAUAUGGUCCUGCAGAGAAACCCCUUGCAGUGAUGAAGGAGCUUGACCCAGCUGUGUUCGAUGCUGAUGCACUGCUAGAACGAUCUUGUGCAGCCAUUCUCACCAACAAGGAACUGUUGGACCCCCUGACAGUGAAGACUGUGAGCCUCCCUACUCUGUGUGCAGCCAUUGCUGUCAAUGUUGCAACUGGGUAUUCCUUGUCGCUCGAGGAAGACAGACAGGAUGUUCUGGCACUUCUUCAGACAGCCACAGCACUUGCUGCCAGUCAUGUCAGUGAUGACACUGCAGACAAAGGGGAUGAUACAACAAGGCAAGAGGCAUGUCAGACAUUCUGCAUUGCUCAUAACGUCUUGAUGAGUUGUCUAGAAGCCUGCACUUAUCGUGAUCGUCACCCCAUCCUCAUUGGUGCAGUAGGACUCGCUGCCGCCUGUAUGAGUAAUCUCUGGCAACGCAUGGGCUCUGCAACAGAAACCAAAGCACAAAACAUGCAGACUAAUAUGAUGAAACUCAUUGAGAAGGAAACAUCCUGGGUGAUAAGGUGGCUGGGUAAACAGCUGAAUGUAAGAAUCUCUUAUGGGGCAGAGGAAGAGAGCAAGAUAUGGCUGGGUCUUCUCAGUGUAGACUGGGGAAAGGAAGAGGUUGAAAGCUACUGGAACAAAAGCCUACUGGGGAUGCUACGUGAACGUCUCCUUGCUAUCUCCACAAUGGAGCGUGUGGAGCUGUUCUGUUCGCUGGACACCUCCACCUUCCCUCAACACUUGGCACAGUGCUUCAGCGAUGCAGCUUUUGAUGCAGUGGACAAUAUUGUUAAGAGCAAAAAUGGUCAGCAGAUCGUAGCCAGCUACACAAGGUCACCAAAUGAGUCCAAGUAUAAGUAUGGCAGCUUGUUCUCCAGAAUGCUGUGCCGAACAUGGCCAGCAACCAACCAGGGAAGAACACCACCAACGGACUUCAGGCUCCUUCAACACAUGCUCACAUGGCAGCCUUGUGCUGGGAUCCUCAAACUCUUUGGGGAGGCAUCAGAUCUGGUGGAAGUCCUGGAUGAAGAUAGCCAAACCCACAUUGCCUCCUACAAGUCUCUGCUGGGCACGACAAUCCAGGAGCUCACAAAAGCCACCAUCAUCAUCAGCCACCUCCAGCUGCUCCUGAACCACAAGAAGCAGUUCCUCGAGCUCUGCUCUGCUGUGGUUGUCAAAGGCGAAGAGGAAGAUAAGACCAAGAAGGCCAAGGGAAGUGGAAAGCAUGAUGCAAACAUGGUAGUGAAGGUGGGGGAUUCUGCCUGGCCUGUCAAGCAGCUUGAGAAGGUUCUGGACUGGAGAGGAAAGGAACUGGCAGCUAUCAAGACAGAAACAAGGCAGAUUGAGUGUUUCCUUGGCAUGUGUGAAGACAUCAAACCAGUUGCCUGUGAAGAGCUGGUGCAAAAGGUGCGAAGAGACACUUCAACCAUAUCCCUGAGCAACCUGUGUCAACCAGUAGCCGGUGAUGACAUCACCAAUGUUUCCUUUGACCUGAAUCAACCCCCCAACAUCACCUACUUUGGCAUCACUCCUGAGUUCAGGGAGAUGUUGUCACACCUGGAAGGCCUCAGCAAAAGCACCGUCUUCAACAAGAUCUGGGAGAAGAUGAGACAAACAGAGCCUGGUGAGGAGGAGGAGGCAAUGCCUGCACUUUCUGUUGAUGAUGUGCUCAACCAGGUGUGGAAACCCGCCUAUCAGAAGUGGCUGGAACUGCGCCAGAGUGUCAAAGAUGGGAACAUCAAACUCCAAGAGGUUGACGAAACAUUUGGACAGUUCAAAAACAAGAACCUGGAGAAUGAAAUGAAGAUGCUGGCGAAGAAUCCAAGAGAGGGAUGGAUCAAGGACCGGGUGCUACAGAUACAACAGUACCACCAGCUGAACAAACACCUGGAUGCUGCAGAUGUGGUGAAAGAUGUCAAGGAGAAGUACAACCUGAAGGGAGACUUCAAAGGAGUGGAGGUCCUGCUUCAUUCGGUUCCGAACUUAAAGCACAGAUCUCGCCUGCGGUCCGACAGCAGUGGGAUGUUUAAGUUCUUCCUGGCUUGUUCGUAG